AUGGGAUCUCCUCCUCACGAGGGAUCCCCUCAUGCUAUGAGUUCUCCUCCUCACCAAGACUCCCAUCCUUCUACAGUAUCUCCUCCUCACGAGGAUUCCCCUCCUCAUUCAGGAUAUUCUCAUCAUGAUACUUCCCUUCCUAAACCUCCUCCUUUUCAUCACAUGCACACUCGAUCUAAAAGUGGCAUUGUGAAACCCGUUCACCGUCUCAAUAUUUAUACAUCUUCCUCGGUCUCUGUCUCGAGGGCACACCUACAAGCUUUGAAAGAUCCAAACUGGCAUAAAGCCCUGGACGAGGAAUAUAAUGCCCUAAUUACUAACGAUGACGAAGUUUUAAAAGGUAAGUGUCUCAUGGCUCAGAUCAAUGAAUCUCAUGCUGCUGCAUUGAAUGACAACGUUGACACUCUUGACGGUGAUCUUUCUCAAGCUGCUACAGACCUUAAGUAUGAUUGGGUCUCAACCUCUGCGUAUCACUCGUGUUUCAAUUUAUCUGUUUCAAAUGAAGAAAGAUCUUCUCCUAAAAUUGAGUAA